GAUUCCCCAAUGGGAUAAAAGAAUCAACAAGAAGCAGAAGCACAUAACAACAGUAUCCAACACCUUCUCGACAGAACAUACCUUUCUUUCCUCCCCCUCACAAUUUUACGCAAUCGAAAACAUGCCUGCCCGCAAAGCCCUAAUCGCAGUAACCUCCGCCACCGCCACUCUAUUUAACGGCAAGGAGCGCACCGGUCUCUUCAUUAGUGAGGCCUUGCACCCCUACCGCGCCCUCGUGGCCGCCGGUUUCGAGGUCGAUCUGGCCUCGGAGACUGGCAGCUACACGGCGGACUGGCUCUCCCAGCAACCCGACUUCCUGCACGGCGAGGACCUGGCCAUCUGGAACGACGUGGACAGCGAGUUCCGACAGAAGCUCGACCACAUGCGGCCCGCCGCCGAGAUCCUCGCCGACCCAGCGGCCGAGUAUGGGCUAUUCUACGCCUCCGCGGGCCAUGCCGCGCUGAUCGACUACCCCACCGCUCGCGCGCUGCAGCAGAUCGCCGAGCAGGUGUGGGCGGCCGGCGGCGUGGUGGCCUCCGUGUGCCACGGGCCCGCUAUCUUCGCGGACCUGCGCGACCGGGCGACAGGUACCCCGAUCAUCCAGGGGCGGAAGAUCACGGGAUUCACGACUGAAGCCGAGGAGACGAUGGGGGUUAUGGCGGAGUUGCGCGGGCUCGGAGCGGAGAUGGUGGAGGAACUGGCGCAGCGGUUAGGGGCGAAGUAUGAACGAUCUGCGGGCAUCUGGGAUGAUUUCCACGUGGUGGACGGGCGGCUGGUGACAGGGCAGAACCCGGCGAGUGCGACGUCGACCGCCCUAGCUGCUAUUGAAGUGUUUGAUAAACUGUGA